UCGAGGUGUGUCGCCUGCUUGCCCUGCGGGUGGUAGCCAGCCGUUUGCGCCGGCCAGGCGGAGACCAUUACGAUCGCGGACCGGCCGUCCUCGGGGAGAUGCUGCGGGUUCGGUGCCUGCGCGGCGGGAGCCGGGGGGCCGAGGCGGUGCAUUACAUGGGAUCUCGGCUCGGAAGAGUUUUUACAGGAUGGGUGCAGCGAACUUUCCAGAGCACCCAGGCUGCAGCAGCCUCCAGAAGCUCCUUUGCUGCUGAUGACAAGGCCACAGAUCCUGUUCCUAAGGACUGCCCUGUCUCUUCCUAUAAUGAAUGGGACCCACUUGAGGAGGUGAUUGUAGGCAGAGCUGAAAAUGCCUGUGUUCCACCAUUCACUGUGGAAGUUAAGGCCAACACAUACGAAAAGUAUUGGCCAUUUUACCAGCAGCAUGGAGGCCAGUAUUUUCCCAAGGAGCAUCUGAAAAAGGCUGUUGCUGAAAUUGAAGAAAUGUGCAAUAUUUUGAAAAUGGAAGGAGUGACUGUUAAGAGGCCUGAUCCCAUUGAUUGGUCUUUCAAGUACAAAACACCAGAUUUUGAGUCUACAGGUUUAUAUGGUGCAAUGCCCAGAGACAUUCUGAUUGUAGUUGGAAAUGAAAUCAUUGAAGCUCCCAUGGCAUGGCGUGCACGCUUCUUUGAGUAUCGAGCGUACAGAUCAAUUAUCAAAGAUUAUUUCCAUCGUGGGGCUAAGUGGACAACGGCCCCUAAGCCCACAAUGGCUAAUGAGCUUUAUGACCAGGAUUAUCCAAUCUGCUCUGUAGAAGACAGACACAAAUUGGCUGCUCAGGGAAAAUUUGUGACUACUGAAUAUGAGCCAUGUUUUGAUGCUGCUGACUUCAUUCGAGCUGGAAGAGAUAUUUUUGCACAGAGAAGCCAGGUAACUAAUUAUCUGGGCAUUGAGUGGAUGCGUAGGCAUCUUGCUCCAGACUAUAGGGUGCAUAUUGUCUCCUUUAAAGAUCCCAAUCCAAUGCAUAUUGAUGCCACCUUCAAUAUCAUUGGACCUGGUCUUGUGCUUUCCAACCCUGACCGGCCCUGUCAUCAGAUUGAACUUUUCAAGAAAGCAGGAUGGACCAUAGUUACUCCUCCAACUCCAGUCAUCCCAGAUGACCACCCACUCUGGAUGUCAUCCAAAUGGCUCUCCAUGAACGUCUUGAUGUUGGAUGAAAAACGUGUUAUGGUAGAGGCCGAUGAAGUUCCAAUUCAAAAAAUGUUUGAAAAACUGGGUAUUUUGACAAUCAAAGUUAAUAUUCGUAAUGCCAAUUCAUUGGGAGGAGGUUUCCAUUGUUGGACCUGUGAUAUUCGUCGACGUGGCACCCUGCAAUCCUACUUUGACUAGAACUGGCCAGAUGAGUGGUGGUGGCUUGAAAUAAGCCUAGUAAGCUUAGGUAUAAGCUUCAUUCUACUGCUAAAACAAAUGCAUGAGCUAGCUAUAUAGUGCUU